UCGAAAUCCAUUCAAUAUAUAUACGUAUACCACGUGAUUGAUUCGGUAUCUCUUUAACCUUUAUUAUUUGUAAAUUUCCGAAAAUUUAUUUUCCAAAUUGCGUGUUAUCGCACGGUUGUGCACGCAUUGUGAUCGACACACUGUAUAUUCAGAAUUAUUUUGAAUGUAUCUUGCACAAUGUUAUUUUGUAUCAACGUAAUACAUCUCUUAAUGAUACCAAUAUGUAUCAAUAAAGAUGAUAUAAAACUGGAAAGAAACACAUUUAGGAUAUUAAAAGUUUAAUAUUUAAUAAAAGAAAGUAGGAGACAUUUAAACAAUGUUUAAGAAAGUAAUUGUGGGUAUAUCUGGUGGAGUUGAUAGUGCUGUAUCAGCAUUACUCCUAAAAAAUAAAGGAUUUAAUGUCACUGGCGUAUUCAUGAAAAAUUGGGACAUUAAAGAUGAGACUGGGAUUUGUAAAGUCGAGGAGGAUUAUGAAGAUGCACAAUGGGUGUGCAAGAAAUUAGAAAUUCCUCUUGUUGAAGUCAACUUUGUAAAAGAAUAUUGGCACAAUAUCUUUUGCUAUUUAACAGAACAAUAUGAGAACGGAUAUACACCAAAUCCUGAUAUUCUGUGUAACAAGUACAUCAAAUUUGAUUAUUUUUUCAACUUUGCUUGCACCAAGCUUCAGGCAGAUGCUAUUGCAACUGGACACUAUGUGAAAACUAGUUUUGGUCCUUAUCUGGAAUAUUUUAAGCCGGAUACAAAUGUCAGCCUAUUUGAAGCUAUAGAUAAAGGGAAAGAUCAAACAUUUUUCUUGUGUCAAGCACCUCAGCAAGCAUUAAGAUAUUCUAUGUUUCCCCUUGGAGAUUAUUUGAAAAAAGAUGUUAAACAAAUUGCUCGAGAAGCUGGAUUAGAUAAAGUUGUUUCAAAAAAGGAAAGCACAGGAAUAUGUUUUGUGGGGAAACGAAAUUUUCAAAAUUUUAUAUCUGAGUACAUACCUGACAAACCUGGAGACUUUGUAAACUUGGAUGAUGGUCAAGUAUUGGGAAAACAUAGGGGCUUUCAUCAUUGGACUGUUGGACAAAACAUAAGAGUUGAAGGUUUACCAGCUCCAUAUUAUGUGUACAAGAAGGAUGUUGACACAAAUAAUAUUAUUGUAGUAAGAGGAACACAUCAUCCUGCACUGUAUUCAAAUUUUAUAAUAACAAAAAAUCCAAACUGGAUAUCAUCAGAGCCAGAAUUUAACAGCGUCUCUAGAAUAUUAAAUUGCAAUUUUCGCUUUCAACAUAGAGAUCCCUUGGUGCCUUGUACAGUUCACAAAAAUUUAACGAAUCAAUUGUUAAUUCAUCUUAGUCGACCAUUAAGAGCACUUACAGAAGGACAGUUUGCUGUCUUAUAUAAUGGCGAAGAGUGUCUAGGUAGCGCUGUAAUCUCAUUUCGUGGACCAUCGUACUACAGUCUAAAACAAGAAGUAGAAAUGCAUCAUCAACAAAGCGAUGAGAUGCGAAAACAAGUUGCGAGUAUAUAAUAUUAUAUAUAGUGUACUUUAUUAGAAAAAAGUAAAUUAUAUUUGAAUAUUUUAA